CCACACCAGUGACCCUAGCGCCAUAUUGGCAGGGGCUGAAAGUAGACGUCUGCAAUUCGGCUGCUGCUACUCGAAUUAUCACGAGCGAUGGUUGGCACAUGUGCGGCGCCUGGUUGCAAGAACCGUGUGAAACAGAAAUCCGGAAUUACAUUUCACAUGUUUCCGAAGGGUGCCGCUUUGCGCGAAGCGUGGGCACGCGCUAUUCGGCGGGACGAUUGGGCUCCAAAAGACAGUGACCGUCUGUGUUCCGUACACUUCAAGGCUGACUGCUUCGACAGAACUGGCCAGACGGUUAGAUUACGAGCUGGGAGCAUACCAACGUCGUUCCCAGCAGCGCAGCUGUUGACCACUAAUAAAUCAAAGAAAAUCACUCCAAGUACAAGACAGCAGCAGCAGCAGGUACAAGCAAAAACAAAGCUGACUUCAAGCAGCAGUCAACAGCAGGAGGUAGUGAGGACGUCAAAGGGACAUGCCAGAACAACUCGGGCAGCCAUCAAAGUCCAGGAGAAGAAAGCUUGUGACCCUGUAGCAAAGCAGUCGAAAACAAGGGAUGCUGGCACCAACACGACAUUAUCUCUUGAGAACGACGUGCCAACAACGGCUAGAGCUUCAACCUCGAAGGGCCAACCACUGCCUAAAAAACGGCUGUUCCAGUUGCAACACGACGCCAAAGGUCAAUCUAAAGGUCAAGCCAAGGGCGGUGAAGAUGCUGGCACCAGUCAGUCAGAACCAGUAAAUGUUGAGAAACCGGUCGUUGUCAACGGUUCUGAAAGCAAGGACCUAGAGUCGGACAACGUGUCGAACUGCUCCGAUGAGCCAGAGGAACAUCAUGCCACUGACCGAAUUGUGAACCGGGACCUCGAGUCUGGCGAGCCAGGACCUGAAACAACGGCCACGGGAGCAUUAUUUCUGCACACAUACUGCGGUGAGAGAGCCGAGCCAGAGGAGGUGGUGCAGCUCAAAAAGUUGCUUCAGAUUGCUAAGCGACGCCUCGCUCUGGCCGAUCAGAAGAUGAACCGCAAGUUGAAGGCAUUCAAUGAACUACUGGCUGCCAACAAGGAGCUCAAAUUCCAGCUGUCGCUGGCCCAGCGGGCAACGCAGCAGCAGUUUUCAGUGAGUGAGCGGCUGCCCCAGGAGCUGCUACGUGAUUGGCAUGAAAAUGCCGGGCGCGUGCCCCAUGCACGACGCUACAGCCCCACAACGCUGCGCUUCGCUGCCGACCUGCACGCCUGCUCACGCACUGCCUAUGAACAUGUGGCCUGCUGGCUGCCCAUGCCCACGCUGUACCUGGUGCGACGCCACGCCGCCAUGUCUUCUUCUGCCGACGGCAGCCAGGAAAGUGGCGUUGGCAAUGCAACCACAACGCCCCACAAGAAAGGCGAGACAACUCCAGCAGGGCCUCAAACCACCACCGUGCCAGCAAGCAGGUUUGCAAGCUCUGUGCCUCGCUUCCGAAAGCUGACAGCUGGGUUUCCUUCAGCAAUCACAAAGCCAAGUGCUUCAACAUUCCCUCCAGUGCAAUCUACAGUGAAAUUAGAAAGCGCUCCAGUGAUGCAGGCCAGCCACAGUGCACCUGCUGUCUUUGUCAUAAACAAUGCAACACCACCAGUAAUGGCGACGCCCCAUGAAGCAGCUGCAAUACCUGAAAUGGCAACAUCUGCAAAGGAAGCUGCAAAAUCAGAAAGGACUACGCUGCCGGAAACAGAGACACAGCUUGGUAUGGAGACAGAGCUACAUACGGAGAUGCAGCAAGAAAUGGAGACGCAAUAAACGGAGACCAAGCUAGGAAUAGAAACACAAUCAGAAACAUGCACCAGCAUGACAGAAGCAACCACAGGUCUUCCCACAACAUGGACACUGACUGCCUUAUUUCUUCCCACAGCACUUGCAUUGUAGAACUGGAGCUUCAAUAUAUACAUGAAUUAAAGUGCGACUUUGAAUGGCUUACAUCUGCGACACACAAAGGGGGCAAAUCAGUUUUGCACAAGCCCACAAGGGUGGUGGAAGGUUCAUGGAAGGGAAAAUUUUCAUCCACCCGACUGUAGCACAAAGCUACAAAGGAAACAAUAAGAGUUUCUCAGAAAAGAAAGGUUUGCAGCUGAAAAUAUAUUCGUCCUGGUCCGAGGAUUGAACCCAGGACCAACAACGUUCCGAUUCGGUUGCUCUAGCAUCUGAGCUAAUCAGAAGGUUAGCAGAUUGCAGAGAGAGACCACAUUAAUAAUCAACUCAAAGCACAUGGACACUGAAUAUGGGAAAUCAGUUCUACGGAUGCCCUUCUUGCAGCCCUUGCAGGCUUCUGCAGAACUUAUUUGACAUUCUCAGUGUACCUGAACUUCGAGUAGUUGAUUUGCUUAGCUAAGCUGCAAGCUAGUUCACUCAGCUUUCUUUUUUUUGAGAAAUGCAUUUUAGGCUUCCUUUGUAUCUUUGCGCUCCAGCUGGGUGAAUGAAAAUUUUCCCUUUCAUCACAUGAAGGUAAAGCUGAAGGCAUCAACUAUUGGCACCGUAAAGUCAUCAGUCUUCUGUGGUGGUACAUUCCAGUCAGAAUAUGCACUUUUGCUUCGCGCAUUACUUUUACCAUUGCUUCUACUGUGUUGCUCCUCCAUUAAGCUGUGCCAGCAAGGUAAAUUUAUUAUAUUGAAGAGUGUGGUGCUUCAGCCUAAAUUCUUGGGUAAGGGUUGGUAGGAUAGGGGAUAGGAAAGUAAGACAAGGAAUUUCCAGAAAAGUACGCUAAUUAUCUGUACAGAAACAUUCAGUUGCUCUUGAUGCUUUGUAUUUAUGUAAGUGGGCUAAAAGAAAUAUGCUAACA